AUCUCUCUAACUACCGACCUACCUAUCUACGUAUGACCAAAAUCACGCGAGAGUUCCUAAGUGGAGCAGAGUGGCGACGAGAGUACACGUUGUGAGUUGUCGGAGAGGGAGGAGGCUGCAGAGUACACAGAGGAGAAGUCGCAGUUGGACUAAAUAAAGCGUUCGAAGGUGGAGGGGAGUACGAGAACGGAAUAACAAGUCAUGGCUUCGGGGGACACUUUGUACAUUGAGGCGGACGGCUCGGAAAUGCCCGCCGAAAUCGUGGAGUUGCACGAGAUCGAAGUGGAGACCAUCGAAACAACUGUUGUCGGGGAUGACGACGAGCACCAGCCCAUGAUCGCUUUACAAACGCUUGACACGGACGACCCGCACUCGAUCCUCCCGCACCAAGAGGUGAUUCUGGUGCAGACCCGGGAGGAGGUCGUGGGGGAGGACGACUCGGAGCUGCACACGGAUGACGGCUACCAGGACCAAAUCCUCAUCCCGGUGCCCGCCGUGGAAGAGGACUACAUCGAACAGACUCUCGUCACAGUCGCGGGGAGAAGCUCAACAGCCGGCCGAAUCAAGAGGGCUGGAAGUGGAAAGAAAUCGGGCAAAAAGAGCUAUCUAAGCAGCGCGGACAUGGGUAGGAAAUGGGAACAGAAGCAAGUGCAGAUAAAGACGUUGGAAGGAGAGUUCUCUGUUACUAUGUGGGCUUCGGAUGACAAGAAGGACAUUGACCAUGAAGAGCAAAUCACGGGUGAAAACUCUCCUCCUGACUAUUCAGAGUACAUGACGGGGAAGAAGCUGCCUCCAGGUGGCAUCCCGGGCAUCGACCUCUCUGACCCCAAACAGCUGGCUGAGUUCGCGAGGAUGAAGCCAAAGAAAGUGAAAGAGGAUGACGCGCCCCGGACGAUAGCCUGUCCACACAAAGGCUGCACCAAGAUGUUCAGAGAUAAUUCUGCAAUGAGGAAGCACUUGCACACCCACGGGCCUCGUGUGCACGUCUGCGCCGAGUGCGGCAAAGCCUUUGUGGAGAGCUCCAAACUGAAAAGACACCAACUUGUACACACGGGAGAGAAACCUUUCCAGUGCACAUUUGAGGGCUGUGGCAAGAGAUUCUCCCUGGACUUUAACUUGCGCACACAUGUGCGCAUCCACACGGGCGACCGCCCGUACGUGUGCCCCUUUGACGGCUGCAACAAGAAAUUUGCCCAGUCCACCAACCUCAAGUCUCACAUCCUCACACAUGCCAAAGCAAAGAACAAUCAGUAAACGGAUCCCACGGUGACACGAGCAUACACUGGAGGACCCACACGGCGUCUCCAUGACGGACAAUUGAUGUCCCGUGCAGCCUGCUUGCUUGUGAGAUAUCAAACAGAUUGCCCUUUGUAUCAUUCUUCGACAAAGACUUUGUCCUUAUGCGUGGAGAUGGGAACACUGACGCUCGAGGCUGUCCAACUCGAGCCGACUCUGGCGCUACUCGAAUUGAACUCUUUCUACUUGAUUCUCUUAUUUAUACCUGAACGCAGUCAGGUGAAAUGUUUUACAGUGAAAGUCAAACAUUUGCAACGCUCCUCAGCAAGCAGUGACCCUUUUUUCAAUUUUCUAUUCCUCCCAAGUGUGCAUAUUGUACACUGAUUGACAGAAGCGCUGUUGCUCUUGUUCAGUUUUACUUUUUCCCCCUAUGCGAGCGUGUUUGAAAAAGAGGAAUUUAAUUAUUUUCAUUUUGUACGAUGUAAUAUCAGUCAUGUAGAUAAUAACCAUGUGAUUAUCCAUAGAGAUCGCUGAUUAAAAUGUUUUUCUCCUUAA